AUGUCAAUAGAUUUAUCUAAAAAUGAGAAAAAGUUCGAGUUAGAUACGAGCAAGGAGAUUCUUGAGGAGAAGAUUGAGUUGAAGAAAGAGAUUGAAUUGCGACAGAAGGAGUUAUUAACAGAACUUUUUAUAUUAUCUUCUCUUGAGAAGUAUUUUCCAGAUAUUAGUGUGGGUAUCUGUGAAAAAAUAACUUCAUCUGAUGAAUUAAAAACGUUUUUGCUUAAAAAUAGUCUUCAAAAUGGUUUAAUAUUUGAUGAAUCUACUCUUCAGAGCUAUAUUUUUUCACAAGAAGAUUUAGCUUCAUCAAAAGAAAGUGGGACACCUGAUGUUACUCAAACACCUUUUGUCGAACCUCUUCCAGAGAAUCCUGAAAAAACAGAGAUAUGUGAUUCUCCUAGUAUUUCAAAGGAUAAAGUUGUUGAAGAAGAAUUAAAACCACCUAUUCCAUAUACAUCAAUUGAGCCAUCUGUACAAAGCUCGGACUAUUUUCCUAUGCAUGUACCGAGACAUUCUCCGAGUUAUAAGCAAAAUAAAGCUAGCAACACUGAUUUAUUAUCAUGGUUAAUACAAACAUCUUCUAUGCCGAUUUAUAAGCUUAUUCAAACUUCAAAUAAAAUAAUUGUUACAAAGGAUUGGAAUACUGCAAUAAUCGAAACAAAAUUUAUAAAAGUUCUUGAACGUAUUAACAAGUUAAAAGAAAAUAAUUUAUGGAGUUUUCGACAAAUGAUAAAACAAAAAACACCAUCUAGGUUAAAAGCACAUUGGGAUUUUAUGUUAGAUGAGAUGAGAUGGUUACAGGCAGAUUUUAAAGAGGAAAGAAAAUGGAAAAUAGUUUUAGCCAAACAAAUAGCUAAUUGGAUAAUGGAUUGGCAUAGAUUAAAAACUAAAUCAGACAUUUGUUUUCAACCGAAUUUAAGUAAACCGUAUACAUCGCUUUCAAAAAAUGAAAAAUAUAAUGUAAUCGAUUGUAACGCUCCAUUUUAUUUUUCUAAAAAUGAUAUGGAUUUAUCAGAAAAUUUAGUUAAUAAGGACAAUAAGAAUAAUAAGAAUAAAAGUUUUAGUGAUACCGAAUUUGAAAUGAAAAAUGUUUCUUCUGAAAAUAUCUUUACAUUACAUUCAUCUCCUUUAUUUAUUAUAGAAAAUGCUGUUCAAUUAUUGGAAAUUCCUCCGGAUAAAAUCGUCGCUACUUUUUCAAAUAUUUUGCAUGCUUCAAAUACAGUAUUACCUGAUCUUCCUGUUUACCGGCCUCCUGUACCUGAGGAUACAUUAUAUUAUGAUCCAUUAGAUGAAAUGAAGAUUAUUCCGCUUUCAAAAUAUACGCAAUCACAUAUUAAAAUAUCUAAUUCAGACAAGUUUUUUAAAAAGAGAAAACGAGAAGCAUCUAUAGAUACUGAUGAUAUUUCUGAUAAACAAAGAAUUCUGAUUAAUGAGUUUUCUCUUUCUAAUUCUCCAUCAACUACACGAAAGAAAUCAGCAUAUCCUUCACAAUUGCGUCCUCCUAAUAUUCCAUUAAAUCCUGAAAAUCGUAAGCCAAUAUGGAAUCCAGAUGAAGAUAACCUCUUAAUGACAUAUCUUCCUAAAUAUCAGUUUAAUUGGGAAUUUGUUGCUCAAACUUUAACACCGUCAAUAAAGUGGAUUUCUCCAGCAGAAAAAAAGACUGCAUGGGACUGUUUUGAGCGAUGGGCUCAAUUAGAUCCUCAUGCUUCGAAUGUUAUUUUUGUUGGUCCUUAUGCUAAAACAGCAUAUGCAAAACUUGAACCUCUUUUGAAAAAUUCAAAAUCAAAUAAUUAUGGAGGAAUAAUGCAUUCAAAGAAAGAUGUUGCAAAGAAUCCACUAAACUGCAGAUUUAAACGACAACAUCAAUUUAAUAUGUUUGAUGCUAUAAGAAAAACUAUGAAAAAAAGAGAAGUUUCUCAAAAAUUGAAUGUAGCUCCGUCUAAAAAAGUAAAUACUUCAGUUCAUGAUACACAUGGAUUACCUCAUAAGCCUCCUAUAGUUGCACCAACACCAUUAGAUCUUUCUCGACUUAAGCAUGAGCGAGAUCAAGUUAUUACUCAGGCAUGUAUUCGACAAAGAAAUGCAGUUGUCGCCCUUGCAUUACAAAAUCAAGCUAGGUCAUCUGGAAGAUCCAGUUUUCCUGAAAUUAAUUCUGCUUCGCAACAGAUGGCUCAGAUGCAAUCUGUAAAUGCUCAAAUAAACCUACAAAAUCGCGUACAAAAUGCAUCACAUACUAUUCCUGAAAUGGUCAAUGGUUUAAGGUUUAAUCAUUCAGUUCAUCCUUCUAUACCUAGUCAAACACUAGUAAAUCCGACUGGAGCUACACCAAUUCUGAGAUUACCACCAGGUGUUCGUUUAUCACAAGAACAAAUGCAACAAUUGGUCAUUCAACGACAACAAUUAUUACAAGCACAACGUACACAAGUACAAAAUAUCCAACAAACAGCACAUUGUUCUGAUUCUGAUCAAAAUGAAAUUCCUGUUGAAUCCAGACAUCUUGCAUCUCUUAACCAACAUUGA